AUCACUGCAUUUUCACGUUUGUCUUUCGACAAUGAUCCACACACCGAUCCAGCUGCAGGUGAAGAAAAGGAAAAGGCAGACUGAGCAGAGCCUCCAGGUCCAGCAUGAGGUCAAGUUCAGGGACAUGACCAUUUACCUAGUGGAGAGAAAGAUGGGCUCCAGCAGAAGGACAUUCUUGACCAACCUGGCAAGGAAAAAGGGCUUUUACGUGCAGUACGACCUCAGCAACGAGGUCACUCACGUGGUGGCAGAGGACAACGAGGCCCAAGAAUUGCGGGCAUGGCUCCUCGACCAUGGCCUGAAGGACAAGGCAAGCGUACAAUUACUGGACAUUACCUGGUUCACCGAGAGUAUGGCAGCGGGGCGGCCCGUCGUUGUCGAGUCCAGACAUCGCAUCCAGGGGAACAAAGACCAGGAGAUAAACUGUCUGCAGCGCAGCUCCCAAAAAGUGUCCCAGUAUGCCUGUCAGAGGAGAACAACGAUCAUCAACUGCAACAAAACAUUCACGGAUGCGUUUGAGGUUCUGGCAGAACAUGCAGAGUUCAAUGAGAACGCGGGCCGCUGUCUGGCCUUCAUGCGUGCCACGUCGGUGCUGAAGAGCCUGUCAGGGGCGGUCGGCUGCUUCGGGGACCUGGAGGGCCUCCCCUGCCUUGGAGACCAAACGAAAGCUGUCAUAGAGGAUAUCCUGGAGACUGGCAGAUCUUUCAAAGUCCAGGAGAUCCUCAAUGAUGAAAAAUUUCAAGUGCUGAAGUUGUUUACAAGUGUGUUUGGAAUUGGCCCGAAAACUUCAGAGAAAUGGUACCGGAAAGGAUUGCGCACAUUUGAGGAAGUUCAUGCUGACAACAGCAUCACUUUAAACAAGAGGCAGGAAGCAGGCUUCCGUUACUACGACGACAUUUUGAAGGGCAUCAGUAAAGCUGAAGCAGAGGCCCUGGCAGGAAUCAUUGAGGAGGCCGUUCACAUGAUUGUUCCAGAUGCUACUGUAACUCUCACUGGUGGAUUCCGCAGAGGGAAGGAGUUUGGGCAUGAUGUUGAUUUUAUCCUCACCACCCCUGAGUCCGGAGAGGAAGAAGGCCUCCUGGUCGGUGUUAUAAAAAAGCUCCGUAUUAAAGGUCUCCUCCUGUACCAUGAGCUCCACCCUGCGACAUUUGACGUUACGAAGCUACCGAGCCGGAAGUUUGAGGCCAUGGAUCAUUAUCCAAAAUGCUUCCUGAUUCUGAAGCUGUGGAGCAAGCUACUGGAUGAUUCUGCACAAGCAGAUGGUGCCUCCCAGAGGGACUGGAGAGCAGUACGCGUGGAUCUGGUGGCCCCACCUAUCAGUCACUUCGCUUUUGCCCUGCUCGGCUGGACUGGGUCCAGGCAGUUUGAACGAGACAUGAGAAGGUUUGCUCAGCAUGAGCGGAAGAUGUUACUUGACAACCACGCUCUCUAUGACAAGACUAAGCAAAUCUUCCUGUUAGCAAAGACCGAAGAGGAUAUAUUUGCUCACUUGGGUCUUGAGUACAUUGAACCCUGGGAGAGAAACGCCUAACUAGCACAUCAUUUCCUGCCAAAGGCAGAGACCCAGCUUUCAUAUCUCUGCACAUGCUGGCCUGCUUGUAUCACACGAUGCUUCAAGAAGAGCAUGAUGGAUCACCUGGAUCACAGUCUUCUUAUGAAUUGGUCUAUUAAAAGAUUAUUAAAUAGAGCAGGUCAAGAGCUCUGAGAUCUCCCUGAAACCUCUUUACUUGUCUCCUCUUGCUCUAGGAUCAGCUUUAAAAGCAAUGCAUGUGCCUGCAUUUAUAUUCAGACCCAGGAGUGAAGCUUUCAGCUUAUAAUUACUAUCGCAUGCCAGACUCUGCAAGUUCACAACUUGGGUGUUUGAAGACAUUUUCUUCAUAUAGUAAUUGCUUUAUCCCACAUGGAUUCGUAAGUAGGUCUAUGGUGUUAUUUAUUGAAUAGUGGUGCAAGCAAUAACUGACUGCAUGUUUUCCAGCUCAUCGAGCAGGAACAAUUCAUUUCAAACAAGAUUUGCACAUUUGAUCAUGGUAUAUCUUAGCAGCAAUAGAAACUAAAUGCAAUUCAAAUUUUUAGGAUGCUUUUGCUGUUUUAGACAGAGUGGUCAGAUUAGGUCCAGUUGAUCGAAACUGCAUUUAAGUUUCAUCCAAGCUGUUGCAACCCUUUAGCAAAAAUUAAAGCUCCUUGAGUUUGUGCUACGCAUAGCUUAUAAAUACUGACACCAACCUGCACUGAGUGUCUGUGGCUAUUUGCCAGAAUCUACCCUAACAAUUAAGGAAAAUGCAUUAGUCAUCUAUGGGGAGACACUCAAUGGAAGAAUUAAGCUACUGUCAAUUAUAAUGGAUCCUAUUCCAGCCCUGUGCUCUCCCAAUCCACCUAGCGAUGUCCUGGAAAUAUCAAGGCUGUUUUUUAGCUCCGUUCAUUUGUCAGUAUGAAUAUUUAGAAUGGGGAUGUACUGUAGAGAAGCAGUUUUAUCGAAACUGAUUCCCUUCAAGGCAGCAUUGUCAUUUGCCAUGAAAAAUUAUGGUCGAGCCAUCAACAAAGGCCCUUGUGAUAUAGAACGUCCAUUAGCAGAAGACCUCGUGUCCACAAAGAGACCCAGGAGUGUAAAAUGACAUCGCAAUUACUGGGUUGUAAAAUGUUAAUGCCCUUUAACAAGACAGUUCUUACCCUUGCCUCCUUCUGUGUUUUUCUGUCUGAUUGAGUUUGACUACACUUGUUUUGCAUCAUAUAUUUUUAGAUAAGUACUUGAAAGAAAUAGAAUAUUCAAAAAAUGUAUUACCGUAGCAGUGGUCAAGGGACAAGGGAAUGGUCUCAAAAUAGUCACCAUUUGUCUUGCUAACAACUUCACAGACAAGAGGCUUUCAGUCAACAGGUUUCAGCAGGAAAUCAGCCGAUGUAUCUUCCAGCUAGUCUGAAGUAAUUCCCGAUCAACAGUAAUCCCGAUGGAGUGUCAUGCCUUUGUAGUAUGCGACAAUGGCCAAGAUAGUUGAGAUUCACCAACUUUGUCACCAGCAAUACAAGCCUAGAUCAUGACACUGCCUGCUUCCUGCUUGAGAAUUAGAUGCAUUCAUGCACCAUCUGUGAUUUUUAUAUGCACAGUAAAGUAUAAUAGUAAUAUUAUUUAUAGUA